AUGUCAAAUCGACUUGAUGUACUUAUUUUCGGUGCGACUGGUUAUACAGGCCAGUAUGUCAUCGAAGAAAUGGCAAGAAAAGGAAGACAGUUUGGUUUGAAAUGGGGUGUUGCCGGACGAACAGUAGAGAAACUAAAACAAGUCCUUCAGCAAGCAUCCGAUGUGACAGGUAUUGACAGCCUGACUUCAACUGUCGAUACAGUGACAGCGAAUAUCACUAAUCAACAGUCAUUAGUCAAUAUGUGUGCACGAACGAAAGUUCUAGUCAAUUGUGUUGGACCCUACCGACAUUAUGGUGAACCAGUAGUUCGAGCUUGUCUUGAAGCACGUACACAUUAUGUUGAUAUUUCUGGUGAACCACAAUUUCUAGAAACAAUGCAACUUCGAUAUGAUAGCCAAGCUGCCGAACGCGAGGUCAUAGUAGUUGGUAGUUGCGGUUUUGAUUCACUCGUUGCUGAUCUUGGCGUUGAAACUAUUCGGCAAGAAUGUGAACGAAACAAUCUUGACAUCGCGUUGACUGAAAGCUUCCUUACUUUAAAAUACGGAACAAUAACAGGUGGGUUGAUUCAUUAUGCAACAUGGGAAUCAGCUGUCUAUGGAUUUUCUCACGCUAACGAGCUGAAACAUCUUCGACGACAACUGUUUCCGCAAAAACUACCCUAUCCGAAAGCUAAAAUACAUAGAAAUGUAGUCUUUCAAACAAUGAUCCAAGGCCAACCAAUUUGGGCAGUACCAUUUCCUGGUAGUGACAGAUCUGUUGUUCAACGAACACAGUAUUUCAAUUACACAAAACUAAACAAAAAACCAGUUCGCUUUCAAGCGUAUUUACAACUACCAUCGUUGUUUUCAGUUGUUAAACUAGUCUUUUUCGGCUUAAUAUUUUCGCUUUUGGCAAAAUUUAAAUUCGGAAUCCAAUUACUGCUCAAAUUUCCCGGUUUGUUUUCCAGUGGACUGGUAACUACAGAAGGACCAACACGACAAGAUUGUGAACAUGCAAAAUUUAAAAUGACAUUCCUGACACAUACAGAAAAUAAUCAGAAACUGAUUCAUGAAUUUGUUGGACCUGAUCCAGGCUAUCUAGGUACAUCGAAGAUGUUAAUCGCCUGUGCAGUCAUGUUGAUUAAAGAGAACGAGCGUGUAUCAGUGAAAGGUGGAGUGUUGACACCAGGUGCAGCAUUCGGACACACAACUAUAAUGGAUUUCUUGGGAAAAGAAGGACUUACAUUUACCAAAAAAUAG